UUCUUAUUUUUCAUGUACAGAGUUCUAAAACUUCAAUUUGCAUUUAAUCCUAUUCAUCAUAAGUCCAACUAUAUCUUCAUUGUUGAAUACUAUAUGUACCUACUACUAAUUCUAGUAGUAUAUUGAUGAGCCCACGGUAUUUUUACGUCGAGAUCGUGUAAGUGACGCUCGUCCCUACUUAAUUGCGUAAUGUUGUUUUAAAUGAAUAAUAAGUGAAUUAAUGACUGACUUAAUACUAAUACGAAGGUGCGGCGUGGACCGGAGCCGGGUGUCGUUACGGAGGGCCAUUGAAGAGGCAGCUGAGCGUGUGUUCGGGUCGGCGGGCGCGGGCUCGUUGGAGGCGGACGUGGUGGCGUGCGGCGGCGGGCGCGGCCUGCUGAGGGUGAGCGCGCGGCGCCUGGCGCGGCUGCGGGCGGCACUGUCGCUGGCCGGCGCCGAGUUGCGCUCGGUUGGGCUCUCUCCUGUGCCACAAUCUCUGCUGUAGACCAGAUCUCCAGUGAAUACUCAAAAUGUCGACUCGCUCAGUACUUUCAUCUGGCCUGGAUGGCAAAGAUGUGGUGAUUGUUGCGAGCCGAGAAGAGUUGGCUACUCCCAGUAAAGUGAGCCUGCCUGAGCCGGAGCCUACGCCUGGCCUCAUUCUUGCAGAUGGUUCAAUCAAUUGGGGCUGUCCAUGUCUUGGCGGCAUGGCCACAGGCCCCUGCGGCUCACAGUUCAGAGAAGCCUUUUCCUGCUUCCAUUACAGCGAUGCGGACCCUAAGGGCAGCGACUGUUACGAGAAGUUCAGUGUGAUGCAGGAGUGCAUGUCCCACUACCCCGAGCUGUACGGGAAGGACGACGAUGACGAGCUGGCCGCCGCUAUGGACUCUGCCAGCGCCCCCGACGCUCCCUCUGCCGAGGACAAGCCCCAGCAGGCCGCGGUCGGGGCCGCAGGUGACGCGCGCUAGCUGUGUAUUGGAACACUCACUUACCCGCUAAUAUUAUUUUACUAUUGUUAAUAAAGGAGUAGAUUAGGUUUACAAA